AUGAAUGGUGGUCCUAAGAAGAAGCAGACACUGACAGUCCUCUCAUGGAAUGUCAACGGUUUUUCCCAGAAAAAAUCAAGCGUCUUCAAUCAUUUAAACCUCCUACAGGCUGAUGUGGUCUUUCUUCAGGAAACUCACAUAGGUCCUAGUGCUAACUCUCCUGCAGGAAGUAUUCAAAUUCAAAGUCUAGAGCAUGACUAUGACUGGGCUGUGUAUACCGUAUUUAAACGCAACUGCCGAGGAGUGGCCAUACUGUUCAGAAAGGGCUUGGUGUGUGAAGGACUCAGAGUUGUUGGGGAUGAAAAGGGAAGAUACAUGAUUAUCAGUUGCAGAAUUCAGGAGCAGGAGUUUAUAUUUGCUAAUGUGUAUAAUCCAACAGAUGAAAAGAUUGAUUUCAACAAGUUCAGAGAGUUUCUCAUCCCAGCCUCUGAAUCCACAUACUUUAUAUUUGGAGGGGAUUUUAACACUGUUAUGGAUGCUGAGUUUGACAAAACAUCAAGCAGUAGAAACAGAGGACACAGUGACCGUUUCAAAGGUCUUGUGAGUUUGCUGGACACCUUUAGCCUGGUGGAUGUCUGGAGGUGGCUUUACCCUGAGAAAAAAAUCUUCACGUACUUUGAUGGGAAAGGAAAAUCAAGGCUGGAUUACUUUUUUAUGCCAGUCAGAAGUCUGAAAAAUGUGACUGCUUGCCAAAUUCAUGGAAGACCUCAGUACUCAAAAAGGGAAGGCUGUAUUUCUGAUCAUGCUCCAAUAUCUGUUCAAAUCCAAACUGGCCAUAGGUGUCAGUUUUCUUCUGGGCUCUUCAAGGAUGAGGACACAAUGGAGCAGCUUUCAAACAUAAUCAGAAACAUCUCAGGAGCAAAAAACAUUAAAAAAGAAGAUUUGUGGCCAGCGCUGAAAGUCAGGGUCACUUGUGAGACAUUUGCUUUAAAUAGAAGUGGAGAUGACUUCAAAUCACCAAGACAUCUGGCUGGGAUUCAGAUGUCUCAGGUUCCUAAGAAGCAGCCAAUGGAACAGGAAUGUUUGUUAAGUUCAGCGAACCACAUUCAACUCCUACAUUCACCAGAUAGCUUGAGUGAUGCUUCAAAUCUUGAAGGAUAUUUGGAUUACUUACAUGAAACAAAAAUGUUUGAAGACAUCAAAUUAAUAUUGAAUGCAACACUAACUGAACCAGUUUCAAAGAAAGAAAUUCUUACAACAAUACUUUCCUUACGUAACUCUGAACAUAUAACACCGGAUGGGCUUCCAGUGACAUUCUACAAGCGCUUCGCAAGUAAGAUCACUGGCCUUCUUCAAGUGUUCUUCAAUCAAGUCCUUGACCAACAGAGCAUCUUUAAGUGUAUCUUUAAUGAAUCUUUCAUUUCAGACACAUUUUCAACGAUGACAUUGAAUUUCAGCAACACUGAUCAUACCUACAGCAGUAAUGUCCAACACUACAGUCCAGUCUUCAUAUUUAAUGUAGACUAUAAUAUUCUAGCCUUGAUUCUUGCAGAGAGGUUGAAUAGCAUUAUGGGGUACAUGCUAAAUCAGGGGAAAAUCAGGCCACAUCUGUCUGUUCAAGACUGCAUUAAUGCUUUUGUGAAAAUCAGAGCAGACCAGCUUCCAGUGCUAGCUGUCUCAGUAAAAGUGGAUCCUGGUGCAGUUAAAUGGCCAUACCUGUUCCAUAGGUUAAAGACACUGAACGUGCCUGACAGGUUUAGAUCUAUGGUGAGAUCCUUGAUGUUGGAGGAGGGCAGGACAUCUGAUCCUCCAGCACGUGGACUAAAGGUGGGAUGUCCACUGACUCCUUUAUUGAUAAGCAUCUGUCUGAUUCCUCUUAUCCACUCGAUCAAUGAAGAGACAAGGCUUCAGGGAAUCAGAAUUAGGGGAGAGCACAUAAAAUCAGUCCUGGACAAAGAUAGAGCUAUAAUAUUCCUCGCAAACACCAAUGAAGGUUUGGAUGUUUUUGAGGCACUGCUCAAAGAUUUCUUGAGAAAUUCAGGAUUUGUGAUUGAUGGCAGGUUCUCUGAAGUGUUCAUAACAGGACACUCAUGCUUUAAUUUCAAGAAAGAGAUCUUACAAUCAUUCAAGAGAACGCUGAAGGGAUUUUGUUACAAAGGCAUCCUUGUAGGCUCGGAGGAUCCUGGCCUUGUUCAGAUAGUAAGACAUCAAGGUCAGUGUAACACUGUUACGAGCUGAUGACAUUCUUAAGAACUGAUCUUAGAACAAUAACAACAGUAAAAAGAUAUAAUGAUCCAUUUAGAUUAAACAAACCUUAAACAAUGUACAGGGUGCGCCAUUUAUAUGGGUGCUGCACAUCUCGUAUCUUUACAGCAUAGACAAUUGCCUUCA